ACGAACCGAACGACAUGACGCGAACCUCUACGAAACCGCGAUUUCUGGUGCACCUGUGCCCAGCCUGUGCCGCACGCAGGGGAGGGGUGACAGUAUAGUGCGGAAUGUUGUUUACGUCUGCGAUAAUUAAUACGUUGCAUAUUCUUCUGAUGAAAAAAAUUAUUUCCGUAUUUUUUUUUAGCUUUUUAACUUCGAAAUUUCUUUUCACCUAGUACUAUCUUUCACACUGUCAGUUACCGAGUUCGUCUUUUUUGACAUUUGAGUCUCGUGAUUUCUUGUCAUCGUCUUCGGUGUCAAUAAAUUAUCAUAGUGUGGCUUUGUCAUUGUUGUCAAACGAAUUUCUUUAUUUAGUAGCAUCAAAUUAUUGCAUAACAGUAAAGAAAAUACGAGUGUUUUCAACGCUUUGUCUUACUAAUGACAGCCAAGAGUUGUAUGCGUUUUAGACAGGUUUUUCUGUUAAGAAAUUAACAAAUGGCAGACUAAAAGCAUAAUUAGGUAUUGUCCAGACAAUAUGCGUCAGUAAAUUGAGGUGAUCACUAAACAACUCUUAUGGCCAUGGAUAGCAGUAAUUCGCAAACUCUAGAAGUGGUGAUCAAGCUUAUUGAAGCAGCCGCAGACAAAGAUGAUGGUGUUCGUGAAGCUGUUUGUUCUUCCUUGCGAAAACUUGCAAAGAAAUAUCCCAAUGAUGUUCUGCAGUAUGCCAUGAGUUAUAGAAAGAAGCAUCCCAAGAUUUCCAAUACACACCUUUUGGCUUUACUAACAUUGAUGGAGCAAAUUUGUCAAGAACACUUGCAUUCCAUAACUGUUGAAGGUGUUCGUCAGCUUGUUUCUUUUACUAUAGAAGAAAUGACUCGGAAUCCAGAAUAUCUUCCAGAUACCCAACUUCGUGCAUCAGGCAUGCUUGUAGCUUUGGGACAUAAACAUUGUAUAGAGGUGAUGGAUGGCUUGGUGCUCAAACUUCAACCUGGUGUUCUACCACACUGGGCAGUCCUGCAUACUUUAGCUGACUUGGCUGCUGCUAACCCCUACGGGUUGGUUCCAUUUGUAAAGGCCACUCUAGGAACCUUACUUCCUAUGCUGGGAGCUGCUCGCUCAGAUGCCAUGCGUCAGGCAUUUGCUUUUGCUUUGGGACGCCUUAGUGAAGCAGUCUUGGAGUAUCUGGCAGGGUUGUCCAGUGCCCCUGAUCCCACUGUACGAGCUGAUGCCUUUGCUGCGGAAGUUGGUGCAGCAUAUGAUGUGCUGGCAACAGCUUGGCUUGGAUCACGUGAUCUGAGAGUGCUGUCUCCUGUAUUGGCGGCUUUAGGUCCAAUGUUAGCUCUCCAAGGUGCAAAUCGAAUUCGGGAACAGGCUCCCCGUUUAAUUCCUACUCUUUUAGCCCUUUACAAACGUGGUUGUGAACCUCUCCCAGUAACUCAGUGUUUGGCUGCUGUUUUGCAGUGUGUAUUUGAAAAUGCACCUGAAGCAAUAGAAACUUUACUCGAUGUGCUUGUACCUGCUCUUUUUGACCAGAUUUGCCCAUUGCCAGAUUAUGCUCAACCUCAGACCGUGAAGAAUCAUUUUGAAGCUUUACGAUGUUUUGAUCAUGUUGCUAGGAGUCACCCAAAUCGAUUAGCCGAAGCAAUCCUACAACUACUUCGAAACAAUAAUGAACGGGAACGAGCUCGUGCAAUGCUUGUAACUGCUCACUUAGUUGGGUCAAGUGAGCGUCUUCUUGGAGCCAACACAGUGGAUUUAGUUGCUGGGCUACAUGCUCUUCCUCCGGAAACAGGGAAUAAGGCAAAAAAGGCUUUGCUGAAAGCCGUUGUUGCUCUUGCCUAUCGAGGCCAUCUUGUUGGAGCUGCUGGUGUGCAUUUCAUUCACUUUCUCGUGUACAGUUGCUGCCAGCAAAGUGACAAGGCAGGAAAUGAUGAUGGAGAAGAAUUUGCUCGCACUUGUGCGAGCACAUUGUUCCUCCUUGCAAGCACUGUGCCUGCAGUGGAGCAAAUUCUCUGGCCUCUACUACUCCAUUGCUUAUUGCAGCCAAAGUACACAGUGGCUGCUGGUGAUUUGGCUCGUUGUCUUGCCCAUUUAGCCACUCAUCGGGCAGAAUCUGGUCCUAAUAAGCUUCCUAUUCAGACCAGCAAAGCAGCAUCAGGAGGAGAGAACUUAUCAGAUGCAGAAUUGCCCCCAUCACCAGAAGCUGUUUUGACUCGUUGCUUAGCGUUAUUGGGAGCUCCUUUGGAAAGAAAUAGAGGGCAGUCUCUCUUAGCUUUUUUACAAAGAUAUGCUGCUUCAGUGAAUCGUCUCUUACCACCCUUGUGGGAACAAAGAAUUCCAGAACUUCUUCACCAUUUGGAGGCUUUAGGAAGUGAUGACGAUUCACAGCACAGGGAUCAUGUGUGGGAGGAUUUGCUUCUUGAGUUUGUUGCUGCCACAUUGACUGAAAUAGAUCAGUCAGCAUGGGCACUUAGUUUGGGCAGUACUCUUCUUGCUCAGUAUAACAACACACCCACUCAGUUAACUGCCGAAAGAGCUGCAUUAAGUAAAUGUUUAGCUCUGGCAGCAAGUCAUGCAUCUGAUGCAGGUUUGCUGAAAAGGUCUUUGGAUGCUCUUUUAGGUGGUGCUCGCCUCCAUACAGCAGAAGAAAGUGAGGCCAUUGGUCGAGCAGUUGGACUGCUGUCUCGAAGACACCUUGCUCCUGUUCUUGCUCGUCUAGAUGUGCUUCAAAAAGAAGAGGCAACAUUGCGUCGUUCUUCAGGCAGAUUAUUAGGAAUUGGUUGGCGAGGAGGAGGAGGGGGUGAAGCAAAUGCAGAUCGAGCAUGCCUCACCUUGGCUUCAUGUUAUGGCCAGGUGGCAAUGGAAGCACCAGCUACUGAUCUUUUGCCAGCAUUGGAAGCUGGACCAGAUGGGCCUUUGAAACAGGUUGUCCUUCAAGCUUUGGGCUGUGUUGCUGAAGGCUUGCAUCCUAAUCGUAGCAGUUCUCCUCUUGGUCUUUCCAAACGUGCUGAUGUUUUAGCACAGGUGCUGUCUCAGCUCAAAUCACAAAAUAUUGCUGUUAUGACUGUUACUCUGCAAGUGACAACAUCUUUCCUUAAACUUCCACCAGCUUUGAAUACUGAAGAUCGGAUAGCAGUCCUGCGUGUAUCAUUUGAAGAAGUAUUUGGUUCUCUGUUUCUUACAACAAAAGAACAAGCAGUAGAGAGAGAAGGAGGAGAAUCAUUGAGUGAUGAUCAUGCUACUUCUUCCUUAUUGUCUGCUCUAGGAGCAUUAACACAAGCUCUGUUGCUUGCGAGUACCACCCCUGCAGUUCUGGAUGAUGUAUUCUCUUUGUUGGAGCCAUGGCUAAUUGUUAGAUCUCCGUCACAACGUGCUGCUGCACUGUCUGUGCUGAAUGGUGCCCUUCAAUGUUAUGUUUCUAACAUGAAAUUUAGCUGUGAGGCUCCCAGUCGAUUUGGCCAAACAGGAUUGAUGCUUGGCCGUGUUGUUCCUCGCUGCACAGAUCCCUCAAUGGAAGUUCGCAGGUUAGCUGUAGGCACAGUGCCGUCUUGAUUCUCUUGAUUACGCAGCAGGUCUGAGGGUCGAUUUAGGUGCUGACAAUGGACCUUGUGAGCAUUUUGUCUGGGGUUCAAAACAAUAUCCAGACGAUGUGAGCCAGCUCAACUUUUUCCAAGCAACCACUGAUCUGGCUCAGGCUUUGUCUCAACCCUGCCUCCACUUCAGCGCUUGCCCUUUGUGACAGUCUUCUUGAUGAGAUGAAAGACACGACUGAUUCUGGUGCGCAGAGCCAGUGUGGUUCUCACUGCAGUUUUUAAAAGCUGAAAGUCUGAGGAACGUUAUCAUCAGGUAGCUCCUAUAUUAGGGACUAUUGUGCGGCAUGCUGGUUCUACAAAUUGUCCUCAAACUCAGCAAGGAGCUGUAAGAGCUGUUUUGGCUCUGGCUAAGCAUCACCCAAAAGCUGUUGUAGGUGCUUUACUUUUACAGCCUCUGCCAUUUGAUCAAGCAGUUCAAGAAUGUUGGCGUGUUAUUGCAAGGGAUAAUACCCUGGCUUCAGAUGUGAUGGACCAAUUAUUGCGCCUCAUACAGGGACCUCUUUACGAGGAACGCUCUGGCCAUGGACCACCAAUAGCCGUGCUCAUGCCUCUUGCAGCUGUGGCAGCUUUGAGACCUUUGUUGUUGGAACCAGCAUUGCAGCAAUUUGCUAAUCAGCACUUCCCAGACCUUUUCUCGGCUUUGCUCACUUCAGCUGCAUGCUACAUUGGGGUUGCACCACCUGUUCAUAUUCCUAAUAACAGCGGCCAAGAGACAUAUGGAGUAGUGCCAAAUCGUAACGCAUAUCGUUUAAUCCCAGACUGGGUUGCAAGAGAAUCAUUGAAAGCAUUGCUUCUGAGUGUUCAUUUUGAUCAGGUAGCAGAAGCUUUGAUUCGAUGUUGCCAUCCAGAACCUCCAGGUUCCUUAGAAACAUUUACAGAAAUAGUGCCUCAUCUUGCGAGAACAUUGUGUAAAGUUUCUCCCAGUCUUCUGCCUAGACUAGUCAAUUCUCUUAAUCAUUAUAUAUCAAGUAGUUUUGAACCUCAAAGAGCUGCUGUUGCGUCUUUCUUUGCAGAGCUCAUUGCUGCCCAAGCAGGAGGGCAAUUGCUGUUGCUUGAAGGAAUAUUAUCAUCACUAUUAAGUUGUUUGGGAGACCCCAGUGCAUUAGUGCGAAGGCUGUGUCUUCGUGGUGUGGGUGCGACUGCUGCUUUGCCACCUGAGCAAAGAGCACGGCAUGCAGAACAAGUUCUUGCAGCAUUAGUUCGUGGGUUAGAUGAGCCUGAUCCUUUAGAAGCAAUGCAUGGUUUAGCUGCAGUGUUGCCUGUGACUGACAAUGUAGCUCUGUUGCGAGGGGUGACAGUUGCAGUUGCCCUUCGGGUUCGGCCUUUGUUUGAGCGAGAUAAUCCAGCUGAAAGAGCAGCAGCCCUACGCCUAUUUGGGGAAUUGGCUCAGGCUGGUGCACAUGCUGAUCGAGACAAGGAACGAAGUGUUGCCCUGGUUGAGCAAGUACAUGGUGCUUUAGUUCCAUUACUGCUGCAUUUGCAUGAUUCCGACUCAAAUGUUAUUCGUGCUAGUAAGUUUGCUUUACGUCAAUCAUCUCCACUUCUUGGUGCAACUCAGACAAAUGCUAUGGUACAAGGACAUCUUAUUGAUGCUGGUAAUUUGCAUUAUGAAGAAUUUGCUACAGAUCUUGCCCGAACUCUUGCCCGGGAACUUCCUGAUCAGGUUGCUCAAUUUGUGUCAUGUGCUUUGUCAUAUACUCGGGGUGGUUCACCUUCAUUGCGAGGUGAUGCUGCUUUACUUGCUGGCCUGCUGUGUGGGUCUAUGGCAUCAAACUCAGACAGCUCAAUUGAUGCUACUCGCACCAGAUUGGUUCAGCUCCUCCACGAUGAUAGCUCAUUUGUGCGGGCCAAGGCUGCCCAAUCCCUCAGUUGUUUGUUUGUUAACUAAAAUUAGAGUGUAAUUUCAAGACCAUUCCAUUAUUUUCAUUAUCCUUGCAUUUCUUCAUGUGACUGUAUUAUUAUUGCUGCUGUUGUUCAUAAUUCUUGACCAUUUGCUCCAUGCAUGUUUAUUGCUGUAGCUCCUUAGAGAAUCCUGAAGUGUGAUAAUUAUUUAAAAAUAGGUUGACUCCUGACUAUUCAACUAUACUACUCCCUUUUGAUAGACACCCAUUGCCUUGUGAAACAUGUAAUUAUAAAUCUAUCUAGAAUAGUAAUGGUACUUCCAUGAUUAUAUACAACGAUAUCACAAGAUAUUAAGACCAGGUCUGACAGAAAGGGAGGAAUUUUUAUUUUUAUUUUUGAGAAAUAAAAUGUUCUCCAAGCUAAGAUAUUGUUGCAAGCUUGAAGAUAAUGUUUUCUGAAGUAAAUCUGGGAAUCUUGAUUUGGAAAGAAAUUUUUGCUCUUCAGUUAGUAAUAUUUUGUGUAACCAGAAAAGGUGGAAUGCUCUUUCAAACAUUCUAGACAAGAGAAUGUCCUACAAAUGUGGUUCGGUAUCAAAACCUAAUUGCAUCAAAGUGUAUGUAAUGUAAAAAUAUCUCGCCUGUUAUUCAAAUAAUGUUUAAGCAUUAAAUUCUAUAUUUUUAUGAAAUACUGAGCUUUAUCUUCUGUGUUGCUUACAAUUCUGUGAAGAGUAAGAUUAUUACAUAUAAAGUUGUUGGCUAUUUUAUUAUUGCUAUGCAAAUUAAAUUAUUAAUAUAUAAAUGGAUAUUGCUUUAAUGAUGCAUACAUGGUGUUUGACAUAUUCAUCAGUCUUCAAUAAUUUCAAACUGGAAUAUUUGAUGUGGUCUUAUAAUAAAAAAUCAACAAAAACAUAUACCUGCCUUCCUCUCAUCUCAUAAGCAAAUGUCUUUGGGGUCAUUGAAUUCUUCAUUACCUGCUGAUUGUGUGAGAAAGGGCCAGCUAUGUCAUUCAUGAGUCUCAAAAUCAGGUUCUUGAGGUUCCCACCUCUAGUUUGUAGGACAUGAUAUUCUAAUGUUUUUGCAGCACGUUUUUUAACAAUGCAACAUUAUCUGCAAUUGUUGAAAAGCAUUAAGGUAAGGAGCCAUUUGAAAAAUACGUUUGCAAAAUUUAAAACAACUCUGAACACCUACAUCCCAAGAUUAAGGUUCCACUUGGAUCCCUCCCUUCUUGGAUGCUUCUCAAGUUCAAGAAAAGUCACUUCAUAAAACAUUUGAGGGUAAUUGUAUAUCCUACAACACAGGUUUUUAAAUUGAAAAGAAGAUACAUUACUGGUUCAUUUCAAUGAUUUGAUGUAAGGUAAUUCUAUAAAUAAUUUGUGAAAAUGUUAAUUUUUUAUCAACUUCUUACCACAUGUUUUAAGUUGUGGAACCUUCUCUCCCUUUAAAUGAACAUGUGUUCUAAAUGGCUACUUUUUGGCUUGAAUGGUGGUCAUAAUGAAGGAAUGCAAAAUGUAUAAAGUCUUGUUGUUUAUAAAAUAAUUAAAAGGCCAAUAAAAAAAAUAUUCACAAAGCAGUAGUGUUUUUAUAUUACUUCAUAUUGCUGUUAUACCUCAACCCACAAUUUUUUGUGAAUUACGCAAAUUUAGCUAGGAGGUUUCAAGUCCAAAUUGAAAAUAAUUUCUAUGAAAGGAUUUAUUGUUAUAAUGUUUUUUGUGAUCCAAUAUGACUAUCCUAGGUUUCCCUACUGGCGGAAUUGUUCUUAAGUGGUGAGGGUAUAAAAUGUACCCCCAAAUGUGGUAUUUUUACAGUUUUACGGUUAUAUCUUUUAAAGUACUCAUAAAAUCAAAAAUACAUCCUUAUUCAAAGUUGUAGAGCAUUAAAUUCUGCCUUGGGUGAUACCAAAUGCAUAUUUUUUGGACCACCGUGAAGAUGAGAUAAAUGAGAGCUGCUAAUCACUCUUAAUACUCCCGAUUUCACCCAAAGUGUCAGUUGCUAUCAUUUAUACCGGAAGUGCUUCAGUUGUAAACAAUCCACAAAAAAUAGGUAUAUUUCACAUUUACAUCUGGGGUGCAAGACUAGGGACCAUUCUGACAUAUGCCUUAUGCCAGUGUUAUUCAAACUGUGAGAUGAGCCUCCCCAGAGAGGCACAAAAGAUUCGGAGGGGAGGCAUGUAACCUUCAUAGUAAUUGAAUGAAAUAAUGCUUAAUGUUCUAAGUAUUUCUAUAUGAAUAAAUCAGUAACAUACGACACACUAAAGACUGAAUUUUGGUGCACUGUAAGGGAUAAGUAUCCAAAAUUAAAUAAGGCCUCGUUUUCUGCUUCCUUUUGCCGCUUCUUACCUACAGGACUUUCAGCAAUGGCAGUGAUCAAGAUGAUAAUCAAGAAUAAAUCCCCAGAAUGAGAUAUGCAUUGUCAUUUCUAAAUUAGUGCUGAUAUUUGUUGAACCGUGUGACACCAAACAAGUACAUCUGUCUCACUGAUCACUGACUUUCCUGAACUAUCAAUUGUUUUUAAUAGUUUUCCUCACUUUGUCAAGUAUUAAUUAAAUUCAAUAAUUACAAAUCAUUUGCAAAAAUUAUUUUGUUGUAAGUAAUACAAAUCACUUGUAAUAAUUAUUUUGUACACUAAAUUAAAG